CUCAUGGGUAAUUCGCGCCGUUCAUCAUAGUGUCGUCGGGUCCGUAAAAUUAGCACCUAGCCUUCCUUACAGUUCUUAAACAGUACUUUUGACCAUUUUAAUGCCGAAGUUAGUUCACUAGUAACAACAACGAUGGGCAAGAAGACGCGCAGAAGCUAUGGGCUGCAUACGCACGAAGCUGGACUUCUGAAGAACCAGCCAGUCAGAACCGUCAUGACCCGCAGCCAUGGUACCAGGGAACCCAGUUUGUUCCACAAACUUCCAGUAGAAGUGCUCCACAUGAUAUUGGACCGGCUGUCUGUGCUGGAGAUCAGUGUGCUCAGCAUGGUGUCUAAAGAAAUCACCAAACACAUUUUGGAUUACAUCUCCUCCCAAAAAUGGAGAAAUAAAACCAUCAUUCAAAGUUUCCAUCCCUCUGCAUGCGCUGAACAAAAACCCACCGUGGAACACUACAGACACCUGGGCUUGCUGUACAAGAGAUGUACACUGUUGCUCCCCACAAAGGACAGGUUGAAGCUUAUCUUUAGCAAGUUUUCACAGAUUCCCUGCUUCAUGUUGGAACAGUGCCUCGUGCCUGGCUGCACUGCGUUUGUCAGCUUUGGUGUCUUCCUGAAGACUUUGAUUGCAGGGUGGGAUGAGCUGGAGUCCCACAGAGUGUUCAACUGCUUGUGCGACAUCACACACCUGAUGCAGAAGACUGAAGGAAUUAUUACUGCAAAACCAGGAGUGAAGGUGCACCAGGAGCUCCAGCUUCGACGUUUCUGCCGUUGCGUUUUGUUGGACCCUUGGGCGAACCAACCGGAGUGUCAGAUCUGGUUAACGCAGCUGCUGAAACCCUGGCCAAUAGUGAGCCAAGCCCACCUACUGUUCAUCCUCUAUGGACCACUGCAGCCUGGAGGCAUCCUCGGCUGGCAGGAUGUGGUGGACAGAGCUCUAACACCUGGCUCUCUGUGGGGCCUAGCUGAGACCAUCUCCAUUCUUUUUGGCAAACCAGAAGUGAAAGGCUGGACGACUCACUUGAUGUUUUCCAUUGUGAUGGAGCUAACAACCGUUCCUGAACCAUGGCACCUGGAGAAUUUGGCUCGUUUUCUGUUACUGUGUGGCAACAAUGUCAGCUACACUGUUCUGGCCAGCAAGGCCCUCUUUGGACAUAUCGCAGAGGUCUCAAGACUCAUCAUCUACAUCAUACUGGUAUGUGAGAAGGAUGGCUACCAAAUGAGCUGGGCGGUGAAUAUGGUUCAGCAGAUCUUUAAGGUUUUCAGCACAGCAACCGAACGCUUUCUCUUCAUCCAACAUCUGGAGAGCUCUUUCUCACAAAUCACCAGGGAGACAUUUGAAUCCAUUGCAGAGAACUGGGCUGAAGACAGAGAGUCUUUUCAGAUGCUGUUCAUUCUCCUGGAAUCCAGCGCUCGCUUCCACACUAAAUUCCUCCACACUCUCCUGAAAUAGGAAUUAUGCAGAUUAAAAGCGGCAACAUCUUACAAAGCUGCUUAAAUGUGCUGCCACUGACACUUUCCUUUGGAAAUUCUCGAUGUUUCAAAGUUAAAUGGUCCAGUUCUCUUUGAAAAAGCACCUUUUACAAACACUAUUUAAUAUUUAUUGAGUGUCUGUUGACAUGGAAGCUAUUUAUUUAACAAGAUAUUUAUUGUAAUGUUUUAUACUCUCCCUGUGGUUGAUGGGUACUUUUUUCUUUGCAUAAUUUAUGUAACUGUCCUUUUCUAUUUAAAUGAAUCUUAAUGUACACAAGCUUGUUGUUCAUUGAGUAAAGUUUUUACUGCACUGUUUCUUUAGCAGACAAGCUUUUAUUGUCCAGUUUGUGCAAUCGUUUGCAGCAUUUUCAAAAAUGUUCUGGGGAUGAAAUAAAUAGAGCUGCUGUAACAUGUGAUGGAUUAAUAAAAAAAGCCAUAAAUACAAAA